AUGCGCAUCGCAGUCGAAGGCUGCUGCCACGGCGAGCUCGACUCAAUCUAUGCCGAACUCGCCCGACUAGAAUCCAUCAACAACUACACCGUCGACCUCCUCAUCAUCUGCGGCGACUUCCAAGCCAUCCGCAACUCGCAGGAUUUACAAUGUAUGGCCGUUCCGAAUAAGUAUAAGGUUUUGGGAGAGUUUCAUAAGUACUAUACGGGAGAGAAAGUCGCCCCGGUCUUGACGAUUGUCAUCGGCGGGAACCACGAGGCGUCGAACUACCUCUGGGAGCUGUACCAUGGUGGAUGGCUUGCUCCUAACAUGUACUUCCUGGGACACGCUGGCUCUGUACUAGUCGAUGGCCUACGCGUCUCUGGAAUCUCUGGAAUCUUCAAAGGACACGAUUUCGGAACAGGCCAUCCCGAACGACUGCCCUACGACCAAUCCUCCAUGAGAAGCAUCUACCACACCCGCGAAUUCGAUAUCCGGCGGCUCUCACUUCUCCCUUCCCCAGACGUCUUCGUCUCACACGACUGGCCUCAAAACAUCGCGUACCACGGAGACCUCCGGGGCCUCCUACGGCGCAAACGGUUCUUCGAAGCCGAUAUCAAAAGCGGGAGGUUAGGCUCCCCACCGCUGAUGGGCCUCCUCCAGACGCUCCAACCGAAAUGGUGGUUCGCUGCCCACUUGCACGUCCGGUUCGAGGCUAGCGUCGUGCACGAAACUGCGCCUGCAGAGGACCCUUCGAACGCUCAGAAUCCUGCCCAUGUCCCUGUGUCUUCCAGCAACCCAGACGAAAUAGCGAUCGAAGACGACGAUGAUGAGGGGGAUGAAGCGGAGGUAGCAGCGUCGAUUGCACCUCCCAGUGCUCCGUCCAACAACCCGGAUGAGAUCGUGAUGGCCGACGCCGACGCCGACGCAGUAGAGCAGCCUUCCGCCCCACCACUUCCUCCUCAAGCUCGGGCGAAAGCGAACCCGGAUGAAAUCAUGCUGGACGACGAGGAAGAGGAUGUCGCCCCUGCGCCUGUAGCCGUCCCUGCAGCACCUCACCCUCCAGCGCCGACUUCGAAUCUCCCACCCCGCAUCAUUCGAGAAACCAAGUUUUUGGCAUUGGACAAGUGUCUACCGAAGCGCCAGUUUUUGGAGGUUAUCGAGAUCGACGUGCCUUCUACUUCAUCAUUAUCGACGUCCUCUUCUCAGGCAGCGUCGUCCUCUUCCCAACCUGAGCAAUCGCCUUCCCAGCCCUCAUCAUCCAUGGACACCACCUCCACCUCCCCACCUCAACGCCGAACUCCAACCCUCGCCUUCGACCCCGAGUGGCUAGCCAUAACACGCGCCUUCCAUCCCUGGUUCAACACGACGUCGAAAUUGCAACGGGGUUUCCCUGGGGAGGAGGAGGCGAGGGCGAUGGUGGCCAAGGAGAGGGAGUGGGUGGAGGUGAAUUUAAUCAAGGCCUCCGGUGGUGGUGGCGAGUCCUCUGAUAGCAUUCCAUCUGCUGGUGGCGCGGUCAGUGGGUCUGUGAAGCACGAGCAGCGACUGUUGAAAGUGGAAGACGUACAGGUCUUUGAGAAGACUGCGCCUGGACCGUGUGCGGAGACGGAGGGUGCUAAUCGGAAUCGACAGCCACCGCAUUACCCUAACCCGCAGACGGUUGCGUUUUGUAAGAUGUUGGGGAUUGAGGAUAAGGUGAAUAUGGGUCGGUGA